AUGCGACGUGCAUCUCCUGCGCCGGGGGCACCUGCUCCCGUUGCAUAUCGCGGCGUCACACGGACACAUGGAUGCCGUCCAGCUCCUGCUCCAGCAUGCGCCGAUAUCGCCAGUGUCGAUGAGCGGGGAGAUGCGGCCAUCCACCACGCAGCCGCCGGGGGCAGUGUGGAGGUGGUGAAAUUUCUGCUGGAGCAGGGCAUCCCGGUGGACGUGCGCGGGGACGAGGAAACCACGGUCUUAUUGACCGCGGUGAUAUAUCAGCGAGCCGCGGUCGUCCAGUUGCUGCUGGAAGCCGGAGCCGAUGUGAAUCUGGUCGAAACGAACGGUAAUAAUGCCCUCCAUCUAGCCGCGUACUGUGGGACGGUCGAGAUCGUGGAAUCACUACUCGCCCACAGUACUCCAGUGGGCAUACUGGAACCGGAUGGUCAAACCGUCCUACAUGCGGCCGUAGCGGGCAACAAUCCUAGCGUCGUCCCCUCGUUAUGUCGUGCAGGCGUCGCGAUCAACGCACUGGAUGCGUCAGGAAACACGGCCCUUCAUUUAGCGGCCCUUUACGGAUGUACUGCAUUCGCCCGCUUGCUUCUGGAGAUGGGGGCAGAUGUCUCCGUCUCCCACGGGGAUGGAAAAACGGCGCUGCAUUUGGCUGCCUGGACUGGUCAGGAAGACCUCCUCCAGUUGCUGGUGGAUGCUGGCGCUGAAGUAGGCGCCCUCCAUCGCAGCGGAGGCCAUACGGCCCUGCACUAUGCUGCCGUUGAGGGAGGUGUUGAUGCAUUUCGGGUUCUUCUGCACGCGGCCAAUGCGCAGAAGUUUGAUUGGCUCCGCCCAUGCUGGUGCGGAGGAACCGUCUUGUCAAAGGCUGCGACCAAGGGUCACCGAGACAUUAUUGAGUUGAUAGUGGAAAGUGGCGUGGAUGUGACGGCGUGCUAUGAUGGGUCGUCCGCCCUGCACGCGGCCGCGGCGGCUGGACAGACUGAUCUCGUCGAGUUCCUGUUGUCCUUGGGGGCCGAUCGGUUGCAACUGGACUGGUUCGGUCGUUCCUCCAUAGACUGGGCGGUUCGACAUCCGCCGACGCUGGAGACGCUAAUAGGAGAUGCUCCCCUAUUGGCUCCUUCACUCGAUGAAGAGAAACGGACAUCAGCCCUGAGGGAGGGCAUCACCACCCUUGCCACCCGAGCCCUAACGGAGGCAAGGUCGGUCUCGUAUCGGCUAGGGAAAUGCCUGCUCUACAUGGGUGAUGUCUCCGCUGCCCGCACGGCAUUUCUGUACGAUGCGAAUGUCGAUCCCAGCUUCUCAGAUGGUGCGGUGUGCGAUCUCUGUAAAGAGACGGCGCCAGUCACAGAAGGACGAUUUGUGUGUCAAACCUGUCCUGAUAUCGAUCUCUGUGGCCAGUGUAUGGACCAAUACUACCAGGAGAGGCUUCAAAUCCGGUUGUGUGAUGGACAUCAAUUUUUAGAGGUUCAGGCCUCUAGCGAGGAGCUCCUGGCUCUACAGCCCAAUGAAUCCAGGGAGUCAUGGCUCCACGGCCUCAUUGCAAUGUACGAUAGUUCGGCCUAG